CAAGCGCAUGUGGGCCGAGCAAGGAAGAUUAUUUUUCAUUCUUCAAGGACUGAGAAGACACCAGAACAACCUAUAUAGCCUCUGAAGGAUGCGUUCCCUCAGCCCUCCAAGUGUUCCGAUUGAUAGCGAGUAUAAUAGUAGCAAAGUCACAAUGCGAUUUUGUAAUGCCUUGAUCCCAGUCGCUCUACUUCCUAUUGUCGCAGCUGAUUUCCACCUUGCUGUGGCCAUUUGCGCCGGUAAUUACGACUUGGAGCCCAUAUCGGGCGGACCAGAUCUGACCUUGAUCCCAUCGAACCAAGACCCACCCGGCGAUGGCAUUUGCGUGAAAGUAACCGAACCGAGGUCCGAGUUCUACCAGCAGCGCAUCCCAGUAGGGUCAGUAAUAAAGGCUGCACCUUGCGGUGGUAACAUUACGGUUUCCGACGGGCUUGACGAGUGGUCCAGCGAUGACGGGCAAAGAGGAUGGUGCUUCCCUGUUAAAUACGGUGGUGGCAUUGGGCGGAGGACGGUGUGCAAUGUGGACGGCUCAAAGACAUGCGUAGUCUUUGAUGUGGCCUUUUGCCAAUCCCAGUGGUGUAAAGGACCUGACGGAAGCGGCUAGCAGUAGAAAUGCACGAGACUUGCU